AUGGACGAUCGACUUAAGGUUAUGAUUGCAGGAACUAUGAAGGUUCUAGGCAAGCAGACCGACAAGAGCUGGAAAGCAGUUUUGUCUACCAUGAUGCAAAACGAGCUGCUUGAGCCAGAUGGUGCAGAAAUUGCUCGUGCUGAUAAAAUGAUUAAAGAGAGCGUCAAUGACUUUAAAAUUGAUGGCUCUGCCGAUGAAAACAUUGUCAGAGAGGCCAAGACCUGGUUUAUAAAUCUCAUCGCGGACGAUGACGUGAUUCAAAGCACUAAGAUCGACAUUAAUGUAAUGGCUCAGAUCGUAGCCCAAACCGGCGCUACAAUUGACAGCUUUGAGACAUUGUUCGCAAAGAACGAGCACCAUGAGAAGGAUUUAGUUGAUAUUGGGGUACUCCGUUUCCCGGAUUUUGAUCACCCUUUCUUUAAGUUGUAUCGAAUUAAGCUCGUUGCGUGGUCUGACUGUUCGCGCAUUCUGUUCCAUCAGGCGGACAAGAAUGGCAUCACAGGAGAGUUCAACUGCAGGAUCUUUCGUCCUCGAGCGAGUGUGAUUGAUGGCCUGACCGAUGCAGCUCGCCGGAAGGCUAUCAGUGCGGCGAACGCCAUGUUCGAUAAUUAG